UGAAGGUGAUAUCCAUGGUUUGCUGCUAUUUCCAAUCAUGAGCCUCUGGGGCAUAUUUUGUUUUGUAAUCUUCUGGACAAAAAGUUGGGGACAGGAGCAAACGUACGUCAUUUCAGCACCAAAAGUGUUUCGUGUUGGAUCAUCUCAAAAAAUUGUAAUUCAAGUUUAUGGAUACACCGAAGCAUUUGAUGCAACAAUCUCUCUUAAGAGUUAUCCAGAUAAAAUGAUCAGUUACUCCUCAGGCUUAGUUCAUUUAUCCACAGCAAAUCAAUUCCAAAACUCUGCUAUCUUAACAAUACAACCUAUACAAUUGUCUGGAGGACAACUCCCAGCUCCAUAUGUGUAUCUAGAAGUUGUAUCUAAGCAUUUCUCAAAAUCAAAAAAAAUUCCAAUCACUUACGAUAAUGGAUUUCUCUUCAUUCAUACAGACAAACCUAUUUAUACUCCACACCAGUCAGUGAAGAUUAGAGUUUACUCCCUGAAUGAUGACUUGAAGCCAGCCCUCAGAGAAACUGUCUUAACCUUCAUAGAUCCUGAAGGAUUAGAAGUUGACAUUGUAGAAGAAAAGGAUUUUACUGGCAUCAUCUCUUUUCCCGACUUCAAGAUUCCAUCAAAUCCUAAAUACGGCGUAUGGACCAUUCGAGCUAAAUAUAAAGAGGACUUCUCAACGACAGGAACCACCUAUUUUGAAGUUAAAGAAUAUGUAUUGCCACAUUUUUCUGUAUCGAUAGAACCAGAAAAUAAUUUCAUUGGCUAUAAAGAUUUUAAUGAUUUUGAAAUUACUAUAAAAGCAAGAUACUUUUACAAUAAAGUAGUCACGGAAGCUGAUGUUUAUGUCUCUUUUGGAAUCAAAGAAGACUUAAAAGAUGAUCAAAAAGAAAUUAUGCAAAAGGCAUUUCGAAGCACAAUGUUGAUAAAUGGAAUUGCUCACAUCAGGUUUGACUCGGAAAAAGCUAUUGAGGAACUGCACUAUAACAGUCUGGAAGAUUUAGACAACAAAUACCUUUAUAUUGGCGUGACAGUCAUAGAGUCUACAGGUGGACUUUCUGAAGAAGCAGAAAUCCCUGGCAUCCAAUAUGUUCUCUCUCCCUACAAACUGGAUUUGGUUGCCACUCCUCUUUUCUUGAAGCCUGGGAUUCCAUAUUCUGUCAAGGUGCAGGUUAAGGAUUCAUUUGACGAGCUGGUAGGAGGAAUCCCAGUGAUCCUGAGUGCACAAACGAGUGGUGCAGACCAAGAAAUGUUCGACUUGGAGCCAAAGAGGAGUGUAACACAAGCCAGCGAUGGAGUAGCUUCAUUUGUGAUUAAUCUCCCAUCUGGAGUGACAGUGCUGGAGUUUAGCGUCAGAACUGAUGACCCAUACCUUCCAGAAGGAAAUCAGGCCAGCAAGGAAUACCAUGCAAUAGCCUACUCAUCUCUCAGUCAAAGUUAUCUUUAUAUUGACUGGACUGCCAACUACAAGACCUUGCUCGUGGGAGAAGAUCUGAAUGUGAUUGUGACUCCUAAAAGUCCAUACAUUGAAAAAAUAUCUCACUAUAAUUUCUUGAUUCUAUCCAAGGGAAAAAUAGUUCACUUUGGUACAAGGAAGAAACUUCUAGAUUCGACUUUUCAACGUGUGAACAUUCCAGUCACGCAGGAGAUGGUUCCUUCAGCCCGACUCCUCGUCUACUACAUUGUCACAGGAGAGCAGAAAGCAGAAUUAGUUUCUGACUCUGUCUGGUUAAAUAUUGAAGAAAAAUGUGGUAAUCAGCUUCAGGUUAAAAUGUCUCCAAGUGCAGAAACAUAUUCUCCGGGUCAUGCUUUUUCUCUGGAUAUGGUAACUCAGUCAAAUUCCUGGGUGGCUCUAUCUGCAGUAGACAGUGCACUCUAUGCAGUCCAAAGAGAAACCAAGAAACCCCUGGAAAAAGUAUUUCAAGAGUUUGACAAGAGUGACCUAGGCUGUGGGGCAGGUGGUGGUCGCAACAAUGCAGAUGUUUUCUAUCUGGCGGGACUCACUUUUAUCACCAAUGCAAACGCGGAUAGCAUCCAUGAAAAUGACAAACCUUGUAAAGAAAUUCUCAGACCAAAAAGAACUCUGGAUGAGAAAAUAAAAAAAGAAGCUGCCAAAUACAGACAUGAGAAAGUGAAGCAAUGUUGUUAUGAUGGAUCCGUCUACAAGGAGGACGAAACUUGUGAGCAGCGAGCUGCCCGGAUUAAGGUUGGCCCCAUGUGUGUCAGAGCUUUUAAUGCAUGUUGUAGGAUCGCACAUGAACAUCUAGCGGCAGCAUCUCAUAAAGAGCUCCAGCUGGGAAGACAAUACAUAAAGGCCAUGAUAUCAGUAACCAAGCCAGAAAUAAGGAGUUAUUUUCCGGAAAGCUGGUUAUGGGAAGUUCAUCACAUCACCCAAAGGAAGCAGCUGCCUUUUGUGCUACCUGAUUCUCUGACUACCUGGGAAAUUAAAGGUGUUGGCAUUUCUCAGGGUGGUUUAUGCGUUUCUGAUACUCUCAAGGUAAAAGUGUUCAAAGAAAUAUUCCUAGAAAUGCACUUGCCAUAUUCUGUUGUGCGAGGAGAGCAGAUUCAAUUGAAAGGAACAGUUUACAACUAUAAGACAUCUGGGAUACAGUUCUGUGUUAAAAUGUCUCCUGUGGAAGGAAUAUGUGUAUCAGGAACCCCAGCCAGAUGCCAAUACCAGAAAAUAGAGGGUUCCUCCAAUCACGCAGUAUCCUUUAAUGUGCUGCCUCUGGAAAUUGGCCUCCACAACAUCAGCUUUCAACUGGAAACUUCUGUUGGGAAAGAAAUCUUAAUAAAAACACUACGAGUAGUGCCAGAAGGUAUCAAAAAGGAAAGCUAUGCUGGUGUUACGCUUGACCCAAAGGGCAUUUAUGGUUUUCCUAGCAGACAAAAGGAAUUCCCAUAUAAGGUACCAUUAGAUUUGGUCCCCAAAACAAAAGUGAAAAGGAUUGUGAGUGUAAAAGGACUGCUGGUUGGUGAGAUCAUGUCUGCAGUUUUGAGCCAACAAGGCAUUGAUCUCCUCACCCACCUCCCCAAGGGCAACGCAGAGGCAGAGCUGAUGAGUGUCAUUCCAGUUUUCUAUGUUUACCAUUACCUGGAAGCAGGACAUAACUGGGAUAUUUUUUCUCAUAAUUUAAUAACAAAAAAGAAACAGGAACUGAACAGAAAAUUAAAGGAAGGGAUGGUGAGCAUCAUGUCUUACAGAAAUUCUGACUAUUCUUACAGCAUGUGGAAUGGUGAAAGUGCUAAUACUUGGUUGACAGCCUUUGUUUUAAGGGUACUUGGACAAAUAAAUAACUACAUCAACCAGGAUCAAAAUUCAAUUUGCAAUUCUAUAUUGUGGUUGGUUGAAAAAUGCCAGCUAGGAAAUGGAGCUUUCCAGGAGAAGUCACAAUAUCAACCAAUAAAAUUACAGAGUACCUUGCCUGUAGAAGCCCGGGAGAAAUCCUUAUAUCUUACAGCCUUUGUUGUGAUUGGAAUUAGAAAAGCUUUUGAUAUUUGCCCCCUGAUGAAAAUCAACACAGCUCUAACGGAAGCUGAUAACUUCCUGCUCUCCAAUGCCCUCUCGGCUCAGAGCACCUUUACCCUGGCCAUUGCUGCAUAUGCUCUUUCUCUGGGGGACAAAACCCACCCACAAUUUCGUUCCAUUGUUUCAGCCCUGAAGAAGAAGGCUUUGGUAAAAGGUAGUCCGACCCCCAUUUACCGGUUUUGGAGGGAUGGUCGUGGGCAGGACAGCUCUGCCCCUACCAGUGGCACAGCCCAGAUGGUAGAAACCACUGCGUAUGCUUUACUCACCAGCCUACGGUUAAAAGAGAUGAAUUAUGUUAGCCCGAUCAUCAAGUGGCUAUCGGAAGAGCAGAGGUACGGAGGCGGCUUUUAUUCCACCCAGGAUACAAUCAAUGCAAUUGAGGGCCUGACAGAAUAUUCACUCCUGGCUAAACAACUGGACUUAAAUAUGGAUAUCAAAGUCUACUACAAGAACAAAGGUGACAUCCACUCUUAUAAGAUGACAAAGAAGAAUUUCCUUGGGAGGCCAAUAGAGGUGCCUCUCAAUGAUGAUCUUGUCGUCAGUACAGGAUUUAGCUCUGGCUUGGCCACAGUGCAUGUAAGAACCGUGGCUCACAAAAUCAGUACUUCAGAGGAAAUUUGCAGCUUUCAUCUGAAAAUUGAAAUCCAGGACAUGGAAGGGUCGAACUACAGAAACGAUGGCUUUCCGGACUACAAGCGUAUUGUAGCAUGUGCAAGCUACAAGUACAGCCAAGAAGAAUCAUCCUCUGGGUCCUCCCAUGCAGUGAUGGAUAUCUCUUUGCCUACUGGGAUCAGUGCAAACUCAGAUGACUUAAGAAAUCUAGUGGAAAGAGUGGACCAACUAGCCAAUGAUUACCAGAUCCAAGAUGGCCAUGUCAUUCUGCAACUGGAUUCGAUUCCCUCCAAAGAUUUUCUCUGUGUUCGAUUUCGGGUAUUUGAACUUUUUGAAGUUAGCUUUCUAAAUCCUGCUACAUUCACAGUAUAUGAAUACCACAGACCAGAUAAACGGUGCACCAUGUUUUAUAGCGUCGCCCAAAGCAAACUUCAGAAAGUCUGUGAAGGAGCAACAUGCCAGUGUGUAGAAGCUGAUUGUGGGCAAAUGCAGGCACAAUUGGAUCUGACCAUCUCCCCGGAAACUAGGAAAGAAGCUGCUUGUAAACCAGAGAUUGCAUAUGCCUAUAAAGUAAAAAUCACAUCCACAUCUGAGGAAAACGUUUUUGUUAAGUACACUGCAACCCUCCUGGAUGUUUACAAAGCUGGCGAAGCAGCUGUGCAAAGAGCCUCUGAAAUUACCUUCCUUAAGAAGACAAAUUGUGCUAACGCUGACUUGGAGAAAGGAAGUCAGUAUUUGAUUAUGGGCAAGGAAGCUCUCCAGAUCAAACACAACUUCAGCUUCAAGUAUAUCUACCCUUUAGAUUCCUCCACAUGGAUUGAAUAUUGGCCCACGGAUACACAGUGUCCAUCUUGCCAAGCAUUUUUAGCUAACUUAGAUGACUUUGCUGAAGACAUCUUCCUAAAUGGCUGUGAAGUAGCCUGAAGUCAACUGGGAAGGAAUUUGGAUUCCUGGUAUCAAAGCUUCCUUCUCCCACCUGCUCCCCUUCACCACCA